AUGACCUACGUUGAAGGUCUUGACUCUGUUGACUCCUUCGCCAACAGAACAACUUCUCAAGUUCGCGAAGAAAUCAAAUCUAUGCGAAGAGCUCCUGAUCCCAACAAUGCAAAUGCGACUAUCGGAGUCACCGCUCGCGAAUCGAUGACAAUUCAUCGUAUCUCCAAAUAUGGGAAGCUCCUCAUUUUGGUUCAAAGAACCCACACUCCAGCUCUUGGAACCAUUCCAAAUCUUCUUUUUAUUGGUCAAUUCUAUGAUGAAAAUCCGGAUCUCAUGGAAGGGGACUCCUACCCACUUCCUCCUCAUCCCCCAAAGUUCAACAAUCGCGAUGGCCGAAUCAUGAUGGAAAACAUUGAAAGUUGGGCUCGUACUGCCUAUGGGUAUCGUGGAAUUCGACUUGAUUAUAUCUUCCGUGCCAUCGAUUAUUUAACAACACAAGUCUUAGCUGCCGGUAACGACAACACCCAGCGCCGCAAUCGACAACUUGCUGCUUUUACUCGUGGUGGUGGCGGACGCGGUGGUGGUGAUGGUAGAAGUGGAGGUCGUGGCCGAGGAAAUGGCGCCACAAACCGUCUGCAAUCGAAUGUUCCAGAUCGCUUUAGCCGCAAUGGUAUACUACUAAAUGAUGGAGGUUAUUCAAAUCAAAUCUGGAGAGAGGAGUUUACACAAGAAGAAAGAAAUAUUUGCUUAGAAAUGCGUCUCAACCGUCGCAAUGGUGGUGGUCGUGGCGGAAGAGGCCGUGAAGGCCGUGGUGGUCGUGGUCGUGGUCGUGGUCGUGGUAUCAGCGCUGUCCAUGAUGGACGAGCUGAUCAAGAAGAAACAAAAGAAGAUAACAAUGAUGGGUGUGGGGCAGGUUCAGGAAUGAGUCGUCGCCGUCGCAACAAUCGUGAUGAUGAUUGA